AUGUCGGCCUUCAGCAACUGUAUCGUUGAGCAGGAACACUCACAAAUCUUCAAGAUGGGCGGCAGUUAUGUUGUUCAGGCCUUGUUGACAGACUUAUAUCAGAUUACGAUGGCGUAUGCGUACUGGAAAUGUGGCAAAAUGAACGAUGACUCUGUCUUUGACCUCUUCUUCCGCAAGAAUCCCUUCCAGGGCGAGUUUACAAUAUUUGCUGGCCUUGAGGAGUGCAUCCGACUUCUUCAAGGCUUCCGUUUCUCUGACAGUGACAUUGAGUACCUGAAGAUUGUCAUGCCACCAACAACAGAUCCAGAAUUCUUCAACUACCUGAAAACGGUCUCGGCAAAAGACAUAACACUGUCUGCUGUCCCAGAGGGAGAGGUGGUAUUUCCUAAAGUUCCCCUCAUCACGGUUACAGGGCCGUUGGCCGUGGUGCAGCUGUUGGAGACACCGCUGCUGAACCUCGUCAACUAUGCCAGUUUGGUAGCCACAAAUGCAGCUCGGUUUAGACUGGCAGCAGGACCAGAUAUAGUGUUGUUGGAGUUUGGAUUGAGGAGAGCUCAGGGACCAGAUGGAGGCUUGUCAGCAUCCCGGUACUGUUAUCUUGGAGGUUUUGAUGGGACGAGUAAUGUUCUAGCAGGGAAAUUGUUUGGUAUCCCAGUCAAGGGGACCCAUGCUCAUGCUUUUGUUACCUCAUUCAUUAAUUUACAGGAGGUUAAGAUUAGGACACUGAUGUCUGCUGAGGGCAGCAGAGAGGUGGAUUUUGUGGAUUUAUGUUUGAAAUACCAGGCAGAGCUAUCUUCUAUAAUAGACUUCCUACCUGACCAAGUUGUGGAAGGAGAACUGGCAGCAUUUAUUUGCUACGCUCUUGCCUUCUGCACUGGUUUCCUAGCCUUAAUCGAUACUUAUGAUGUUAUAAGGAGUGGCCUUCCAAACUUCUGCACCGUGGCUAUGGCCUUGCAUGAACUUGGCUACCAAGCUCAAGGCAUUCGAUUGGACAGUGGGGAUCUUUCCUACCUGUCACAGCUUGUCAAGUCAAAGUUUGUGAAAAUAGCUGCACAUUACAGGCUGCCUUGGUUUGAAAAGCUCAGUAUUGUGGCAAGUAAUGACAUCAAUGAAGAUACAAUACACUCUCUUAAUCAUCAGGGCCAUACAAUCAGUUGUUUUGGGAUUGGAACCCAUCUUGUCACAUGCCAGAAACAGCCAGCUUUGGGGUGUAUCUUUAAGUUGGUAGAGGUCAAGAAGAAGGCCAGGAUUAAGCUUAGCGAGGAUGUGGACAAGGUGACAAUUCCAGGCCAGAAAAGCGUGUACAGGUUGUAUGGUGCUAAUGGGACAGCACUAGUUGACCUCUUACAAAGCUCCACAGAGCCUGUGCCUCAGGUUGGACAGCGGGUUCUCUGUCAACAUCCUUUCCAGGAAACAAAACGAGCAUAUGUAAUACCAACAGCUGUCCGGUCUUUGCAUGUCACAUGGUGGAAGGAUGGGAAGGUGGUUCAGUAUUUACCAACUCUGGGGGAGCUCCGGGAGAAAGCCAAGCAGUCUUUAUCAUCGGUCAGACCUGACCACAAGAGGACAUUGAAUCCAACACCUUAUAAGGUGUCUGUCAGCUCAGCCCUGUACACGUUUAUACACGAUCUGUGGCUGGAGAAUGCUCCAAUAGGAGAACUCUCCUAA